AUGCAACUUCGAAAAAGAAAGAGAAUCGACUAUGGUGAUACAAAGGCUACUCGCAUAAAAAAGGAAGAUUUGACGUCGAGUAACGAGAAUAAUACUAAUAAUGAUGAAUCAAGCAAAAAGAAGGAUAAGUUAAUGGUUGCGGUCGUAGAUACUGAAAGCUGUACGAAAACAUCGGAUAGUGAAAUUACGAAUACUAGUAUUGAAUUAGAAACAAAUAAGAGGAUACAUAAAGCAAGACAUCGAGCUCGAGUUAGACCUGUUUUGAAUUUAAACCUUGAUGAUGAAUAUGUUAAGAAAAGAUCAGGAGAAGAAACUGGUGGUUGGGCCUUAUCAGUGGCAUCGUUAUUACAAAGACCUCCGCCACAUGCUCCUUCAAAAAGAAAUGAGGGGGCGGAGGAGGAGGAGGAGGAGGAUGUCACGUUGAUUGAUAUUUCCAUAUUACAAGAUUGUUUGACCAGUUUGAAUGCUCAAUUAUCUAAGACUCCAUCUCCGAAACAAUGUCAAAUAGUGAAAUUAUUACCUGACACAUUUACAGAGAAUAUGAAACAAAUAUCAAUAGGAUUGACUGAGUUGAUCGGGUUUGAAGGACAUCUUGGAGAAUUCUUAAACAAUGAGAAAGAAAAUAAAGGAAACAAGGAAAGGAAGGACAAAAAGACAGAACAUGAUGAACAACCAUAUAAAAUUAAUCCACUAUUAAAGGAACGAUUAAUAACUCUUGCUAAAGGAUUAAAAUCAGUUCAACGAAAACCGAUAGCUGAAGAUGAGUUAGACUACGAAUGGGAGAGAGAUUUGAUUUUAAAAGUUGCAUUGAUUCAUAAUAUUGAUAUCAGUGAUUUGAGUGAUUUAAGACCAAUUCCUUCACCGAUGUUCAAUGAAGUUCGAUCUAUAAGCAAAAGAUUGGAUAAACCUUUACAAAAGGAGAGAAAUCACUUAUUAACAUGGCCAGUUAAGCAACUCAAUAAGAAGAAGAAGAAUAGAACCAGAGAUGAUACUAAUGGGAUAUUUGAUGAUGUUCCCUUAUAUAAUCAAGCAUAG